AUUCCCUGAUUUUACCACUCACGUCGUGGUCCGAAGGAUACGACGUAAGACAAACCCCACCCAAGACAUCUCGAAUUGCCUGCCUAUGGGCUAUGGCAACACAGAUCGUGACCCACGGCUCAACAUUCGACCGUUGCGCUACUCACGUUUGGAAAAUUUAGCCGUUACCAUCGUUGCAAACCCGAGCACAGAAGAAGCCCUCUCUCUCUCUCUCUCUCUCUCUCUCUCGUCGAUCUCAGCCAGAACUGAUGAGAAUUUAAUCUCAAUCUUCCAGUCGAGUUCUCCUCCUUCCCAGUCCGUCGCAGCGCCAUGAAAGGCUUCAAAGGCAGGAUCUUAAAGCAGCUCAUGUCCAUCUCUCAGGUGCCUUAUCUCACGCACCAUGACCACGCUCCCUCUCUUCCUCCUCCUCCUCCUGAUUCACGCCGCAUCCUUGGCGAACUUCACGUAGUAGACUCUGUCGAGCUCAUCAGCGACCUCGGAGAGGACGACGACGAAGGAACCAAGCUCGUCGGGAUCUCCCCCAGCAGCAGCGAUAAAGAGAACUCUAGGCCGCCGCCGAGGUCGACGCCACCCAAAGGCGACGCCUUUUCGAGAUUCGAAGAGAAGAGGGAUGCCGCGGAGAGAUACCGACGGCCGGAUCCUGAUUCGGCGACGCUCUUCGACCCGGAGCUGCUUGCGGCGUUCCGAGAAGCGGUGUUGGAGCACAUGAGAGGCUUUGAGGAGGCCCAGCGCAGGACGAGGGCGAGGGCGAGGGCUGCUGCCCUAAUAGACCGCGAUGGAGAAGGGGAUCCGCCUCAAUUGGGCGAGGAAGAGCCGCCUACCAAACUCUCCCGCACCGAUGAUUCCGCCACCGCGGCCGCCGCCCUAGAUCCCUUGCUGGAAUUCGAGUACAGGUGCCCUCCCGGAGGUGAAGUUUCCGUCAUCCUAUACACAACAACGCUGCGGGGGAUCCGGAAGACCUUCGAGGACUGCAACGGGGUCCGAUUCCUGCUCCAGAGCCUCAAAAUUCGGUUCUUUGAGCGAGACGUGUCGAUGCACUUGGCGUUCAGGAAGGAGCUGUGGGGUGUGUUGGAAGGUCGCGCCAUCCCUCCGCGGCUGUUCAUCCGUGGGCGGUACAUCGGCGGCGCCGACGAAGUUUUGGGCCUCCACGAGCAGGGGAGGCUUCUGCCGCUGCUUCAGGGAGUCCCCACCGAUGGCGGCGAGACCUGCGAAGGCUGCGCGGGAGUGAAUUUUGUGUUGUGCUGGGUGUGCAGUGGCAGCAGAAAAAUUCAUAGCGAAGAAGAGGAAUUGAGAGCAAUGCAAUGCCAACAUUGCAACGAGAAUGGUUUGGUUUUAUGCCCCAUUUGCUGCUAAAUGAUGAAUUAUGAUUCUUUUUUCUCCUCUCCUUCAGAAUUUUUUCAGACAUGUCAACAUUUUCUGUUUUGGAUGUUCUUGUUCUAUGUACUCUUUGUACAAUCAAUGCUCUUCUCCCUUUGAAUUCCUGAAA